AUGGCCGCACGACCAAGCUUGUUCACCAGAGGGCUUUCGUCCCUCUCCCAGAGCACCGAUGCGAACUCGCCAAAUGUCAGCUCGCCCGCCGAGCAGCGAGACGAUGCUAAGCGUAACUUGUUCAAGACUAUGCGCGCUCUGCCCACCCAGCAUUACUGGAACGUUUACUUCGAUAGACAAGCCAAGGACUCGAAGGAUUCGAAGAAGGAAGACGAGGGCGACUAUCAGGCGUCGCUAGAACAGCUGGGAACCCAGAUCGAAUCGGUCCAGGACUUUUGGCGAUACGCCAACAAUACACCAGUAGACCAGAUUAAGAUGCGCGAAUCUAUCUAUCUGUUCAAGAGCGGCUUCAGACCCAUCUGGGAGGACCGUCGUAACGUGCUGGGCGGCAGCUGGACUUUCCGCGUGCCCAAGAGCUCCGGUCCCGAUUUCUGGACCCGCAUCCAGCUCCUGGCCAUCGGCGAGAAGCUACAGGAGGCUUUAGAGGAGGGUGACCAGAUCUGCGGCGUCGGCCUUUCCGUCCGUUUCAACUCCCAUUUGAUUUCCAUCUGGCACCGCGACGCGUCCAAGCAAAAGUCCAUCGAUAACCUACUGCAAGCCGUCCUGGACGACUUACCCCCCGAGCUGACGCCCAAGCCUGACAACUACUUCUAUAAGAAGCACUCGGACCACCCCGGCUUCAACCCCCCACCCGAGCUCAAGGCCGUCUUGGAUUCGCAAAAGAGGGCUCAAGAGGCCGCUGCCGCUAAGAGCGCUGCUGCCAGUGCCCCCGAAGCUGAGUAA